AUGGUGAAGAAUCAUAUGAUACAGGCCGGAAAAUCAAGUAUUGCUGUCAAUGCAAGAGCAUUAUUUGGAGUAAAUCCCUUCACUUUGGAAGUUGAAGCGCUAGACUGCCCUUCCGAUAGUACAUCUAUCUCUACUCCGUCUCGCGGACAAGUAGCGGAAGUACCAGGCGACAACCUAAAGCUAUACACUGGCGGUUGCUAUUGUGGUGCUGUUACCUUAUCUGUGAAGACAAAGCACUGGUCAGAGGUGGAGAUUAAGGAAGAUAACUGCAGUAUUUGUCAGAGGCGCAGGUUUAAUGGCCAUUGUUUCUGUCGGACAUGCGGUGUGCAUGUAUACAUGAAACUGCAUGGACCACCCAAGGCAGUUGUGGACAAGUUGCCAUUAGAAAAGCAGCAAAUGGUGCGAGAGAUGCUUGCUAUUGUACCCAUCAGGCUCUCUAUUUUGGAUGGCGUGGAGUGGUCGAAUUGCCAUGUCAAGAGGUCAGAUGAAGGAACAGCAGGAUAUGUGAUCUAA